CUGUGCCAAUUCCAAAUAACGUGUUCUAAUUCGCUUAUAUCGCUCGUCGACACCGCGAUUGAGCCAAUCAACGACGCCCAACCACCAAUCCAGUGAAAGCAUCUUACCAAACGAAAAUUCAAGAAUCGUGUGACCGUUUGCCGCGUGCGGAAUACGUUUCAAUGGGAAGUAAAUAUUGUUCUCGUGUGUUUUUAUACGUUGAUUUAACGUCGAAAGCGGUUAAAAGGUCGCUCGCUCGCUCGAUUUACGUACUUUAUAUCUAACAUAACAGUCUCUUUGUUCACUUCGACGGCAGAAGAAGCUUGAUUGAUUUAAUAUGACGGAGAAUACCUUAGACUCGAUCCGUCCAUCUGAGAAUCCCCAAGAAGACAUGUCAUAUCUAUUCGGUAGAGAUCCAAGUAUUCUGGCCUAUGGGCAAAGACCGCAUCCCUCAAAAGAUACAAAAAAGAAUUUGCUUUCACUGUACGAAACAGAAGAAAUUGAAUCUGUCAAUCUGCCGUCUGAAAAUUCUGAAUCACAAACUUUACAAACCGUUAAAGUAUACCUUCGGCUUAAACCAUUUCCAAGAAAUAUAAAAUUAACGGAGGAGCAACAAGAGGCAUACAAGAUCAAGAACACAACAACGUUAGUCACGAGGCUACCAAUACUGGAUAACAAUAUGAGUACCAUUAAGCAGUCCAAAAGCAACGAGAUCAUAUGCAAAAAGUUCACUUUCUCACAAACAUUCGGACCAGAAAUCACUCAAUUAGAACUGUUUCAGCAAACGGUACAACAACAAAUGACCGAUUUUUUGAUCGGACACAAUUGUACUAUAAUGACGUAUGGCACUACAAAUUCAGGAAAAUCGUACACACUGCAAGGGACCACCACGUCACCCGGACUCAUUCCGCGCGCAUUAGAAUUCGUGUUCGACAACGUUGCGACGAAGCCACAUCCAUUUUACAAACCUUUACAUCAUUGCGACGUAAUCAGUUUAAAUGCACUGGAACGGGCACAGGAACUUGAGGCAAAAACGAAACUGCUAACGUUCGGUGCGGUGGACAAGCAUCAGUACUUGAAUUCCUACAAGCAGAUGCAGAAAUUGCUGCAGGAGGAAUCGAUUCGGCCCAGUCAGUGUCACGACGCCUAUUAUUCAAUCUGGGUGUCGUUCGCUGAAAUUUAUAAUGAAGUCAUAUACGAUUUGUUGUCGAAUGAAUGCCAGAAGAGAAGAGUGCCCCUGAAAUUGGGCACGGACUCCAAUGGCCGGGCAUUCAUCAAAGGCCUGAAAACGGUCUAUGUUAAUUCAGCGGCGGAAGCCUAUCAGGUGUUAAUGGCGGGGCAAUAUAAUCUCAAGGUAGCUGCGACUGCCUUAAACGCAAAAAGUUCCAGGUCCCACUGUAUAUUUACGAUUACGUUAUUAAAAUAUUACGAUGAAAACGUACCCGAUGCCACUGAAGUAAGCACGUUCUCCUUCUGUGAUUUGGCUGGUUCGGAGCGCUUGAAGAAGACGUUGAACAUUGGGGAUAGACUAAGAGAAGCACAAAACAUCAACACGAGUCUGCUAGUAUUGGGCAGAUGCUUGAAAUCUAUUCACGAGGGACAGUUAACCAGAACGAAGACUGAUGCCAUCGCACCAUUCAGAGAAUCCAAAUUGACCAGAUUAUUUCAACGGGCGCUGUCGGGCAAGGAGCACCUAGCUUUAAUAGUUAACAUCAAUCCCCUGCCGAAUCUCUAUAUAGAAACUCAAAACGUCCUCAAUUUUGCUGCCAUCGCGAAGAGGAUUGUCAUCGAGAAGAAGAAGGAGACGCGGAAAAAAUUAAAAUCGAGAUUCUCGCAAAUAGUCACGCAGAGUAUACAGACGGUGACCGAUUGGGAUGCCACGGAGUUGGAGAGCGUGGACUCGCAGAAUAUAGAUAUCGUGGAAAGUACUUCGGAGUAUAUCACUUCGGAGGAAUACAUGGAUCUGACGAACGAGAACGAGAGAUUGAAGAAGGAGGUUGCCAUCUUGAAGAAUUCAGCUCUGAUUCGAGACUUCCAGAGUCGACAGGAAAUGGCGGACAAGUACGUCGUGAUGAUACAGGACCUCGAGGUCGAUUGGAAGCAGCGUAUUAAUGACAUGGAAAGCCAACACGAGGACGCUCUCGACUGGACCGUGAAUCAAGUCAAGGACUUUUAUGAGAAGAAGCUAAAUGAGAUGCAUAGGAAGAAGAGGAAGCGCAAUGAUCGCAGUAAUGAGCAGAGCGAGGAGGAGAGCGAUCUUGAUUCGACCCUUGAAAACUUGAACAGGAAGUAUCAACAGAUAAGAGAAAAAAAUGAAAGCUUGGCAAAAAGUUUGAUUGAAUUAAAAGUAACAAAGGAGACGCUAAUCGUGGAAAAGAAUAAAGCUUGUUUCGAGUUAGGCUUAUUAAAGGAGGAUCUAAAGGUAGCGAAAAACCUUUUAGAGGCUGCUCAGAAAGAUAUUUGUCUCGAUAAAGACGGUAAAGCUUACAUGGAGGAAAUGACAUUGCAGUUGCGCACCAAGGACGAGCAGAUUAAAAACCUCAAAGAGAUCCUCAAUGAGGCGAAAGACGAAUACAUUACUAUCACGUCUGAUUUAAGGAAGAAAGAACUCUGUAUUGACGAGCAAGCAAAGAUCAUAAUGGAGGAUGAAGAAAAAAUUGACGAUUUCGAAUCGCAACUGGAACAGCUUAAUUUCUGUUUGACGGAAAGAACCAAAAUCACGGAGAUUCUGGAGGAGAAAUUAGAACAGCAAACUGAAUACGUGUUCGACGCCGAGGGGAGAAUGUUACAGAUGCAAGGAGAAAUUGAGCGAUUGAAAAGUGAAAACUUGGCAUUACUGAAAUCUUACGAGACAGCAGCUUCGAGAACGUCUACGCAGAGCGAGUAUCAAGAGAUUAUUAUAAAGGAAGAAUUGAUCGAGGAAUCGGAAGAUACGAAUAACACGAAGGAGAACGGAAUUAUCAAUACAGAAGGUCACUCUUCACAAACACAACUAGCUGAUGAUGUAAAUAGCGUCUCAAACGUCCGUUUGAACUCUCCAGAUCUAAGAACACAGGGGCCUCUAGAAGAAGAUCCUGAAUCGCACUUACAGCUCGGCACUAACAAUGAACCCUCAAAAUUAAUGGUGGAUACAGGUUGUCAAGUGGAUGUAACAUAUGAUGAGAAGUAUGAUCCUAAUAAUCCCGAGAAAAAUGUUUGCAAGAGCACUCAGACUACUGUGACGGCGGAAGACGUACAGGCUGUUUGCAACAAGGCGCCCGCAAAAGAAGCAACUGUCCAGACUGACGAGACAGUAGACGAGGUGAAAUUGCAGCUGAAAGAACUGACUGCGCGACACGAUGACAUUCAAGCGCGAUACGAGCAAGAGUGCUCGAGGGUUGAGAAACUGGCGGAAGAGUUACGCGGUAUGGAAAAGACGGUAGGGGCUUUGAGAGAAGAAAAUCACUCGACUAAAACUAUCAUGGACGAAUGUAGGCAUUCCAAGGAAACACUUGAGGAACGAUUGUCAAUUGCCACAGAGGAGAAACGAGAAAUGGAAGAAGCCCUCCAAAGCUCCAACGUGCAUAUGGAGCAAAAGAUUGCAGACUAUAAACGUCAAAUUGACCAAUUAGAAAAGAACCUUUCAACUGCACAGGAUAAUGCUCAACGAUAUUUGAAGAAUUUGGAAGCAAAUCAAAAGGAAUUCGAUAAUUUUAUAUUAAAGUGUAAGCGAGAGAAAGAAGAAAAUGUUUGCAAAUCAGAGAUAAAGGAAGUUCCGCUAAAGAAUACUAGCGACGAGAGCGUAAAACAGGUUGAUGAACGAGCGGAACGAGUGUUGGAAUUGGAAAAAAAUCUCGAAACUAUAACAAAGUUGAGGGAUGAUAUCCUGCUCCUAAACGAGAACUUGGAAAGAUGUCAACUGGAAAAGGAUUGUAUACAAACGAUACUCGAUAAGAAUGAGAAGAAAUUGCUGCAACUUGAGAAUAAACUGCAAGUGGCGGUCACCAAGGAACAAGAGAAGGACACGGAAAUCGCGACUUUGCAGAAAGAAUUGAAAGGUAUCAUACAGAGAACCGAAGAUGCUGAAAGCGCGAUGAAAGUAGAACUGAAAGUUACUACCGACAACCUGAUGCACGCAAAGGAUACGCUCUUCCAAAAGGAGCAACACAUAAAAGAACUAAAAAUCCACUUAGAGAAUUUUGAGCGAAGUGCAAAGCUGUUUCACCUGCUUGAGACAAAUGCGAAGGAACGGCAGAUUGAAAAUGAGAGGCUACGAAACUUGAACGAGGAGCUGAGAACCAUUUUGACGCAGAAGGAGCGUGAAAUGGACGCGUUCAUGAAAAACAGGGACGAGACCGUGACCAAGUACGAAAGUUUGGUGAAAAAUCAGCAAGAGGAAUUGGACAGAGAGAAGAGGGAGGUGAUGAGAUACCAAGAAUUGUUCCGUAGACAGCUUACGCCUACACCGAGCAAAGAUGAGUACAAGAAAUUACAAAAUCGCAUGGAGACACUCCAGGACAGGCUGCAGAGGUACGAGAGUAGCGCGAAAGCUAAGGAUGACGAUAUUAUGUCGGAGGAUGACAAUUCGGCACGUUAUCCGAAACGACGUGGGAGAAGAGCCUUGACGGCUAAGCAGGAAGACGCACCGGAGAUUAUCGAAUUAUCUGGAUCCGAGACGAAGCGCAGCACCAGGCGCAACGCCCUGCCACCUCCGGAAUCGUCGGAAUCGACGGAGACAAAACGUACAACACGCAGGAAGAAGCUGUUCGUCGCGGAUACCUCGUUCACGGAUAUUGAACCUUCCGAGAAUGUACCCUCGUUCAGCGAGAAAAUAGCCUCGAUCAUGCAAAGGCCUGGACAGGAUCCUGUUGCCAAGGAUGAUGUGCCUUGGUGGAUGAAGUAUGCAGGUCGUGGACUCGGCACCGUAGGCAGCAUGAUUGCAAUCUUCCUCGGAGCUUGGAAUUGCGUGUCGAUACUUUGGGUUCAGGUUGACUGCUUAAUCAGCGGUAUGUGGCAGAUGAUAGCUGGUUUCAUAGUUAUAAUGAUCGAAGCACCCUGCUGCUGCUUGUUCAUCGACUUUGUACAGAAUUUAAGUGAUUGGGUGGAGAAGAAGCCAUAUUGGAAUAGAGCACUCGCUUAUUGUGUAUUAGCAUUGCCAGCAAUCUUUGUGUGCCCAGUAAUGAGCAGCAUAUUCGGCAGUGGCUUAAUAUUUACGACGGGUAUAAUAUAUGGAUUGAUGUCUCUUGGCAAAAAAGGAUCCAGGCCCGACCCGGCAGGAAUGACGUCGUCGGGCGUGGGUUCCCCACAGGGUACAGUGCCUCCUACUACAGAUCACCAUACUACUCUCAUGGAGGAUCCUGACGUCUGGAGGCCUACAUAAAUCAUCAAACAUUCAUUGCACCACUUCACUAAUCAGGGCACCUUUUGGCGAAAUGCGAACCACAGCAAUGAAUACAGAGCCGUCAUCAAGCAUGCGGUCCACACUAGUUGAGAAUACUCAGCCAAUUGGUCUCAGCAGUACCCCAAGUAGUAUUGUUUGAUGGUUAGACGU